AUGGGCGCCAAUGAUGUAUCAAAUGCAUUUGGCACGUCGGUUGGCAGUGGAGUACUGUCGCUUCGGAUGGCUUAUUUUCUGGCGAUUAUUUUCGAGUCACUUGGCGCUAUUUUUGUUGGUAUGUUUUGUUCGAAAUCGCAAUAA